AAUGACGUCGCGCUGUAAACACGACUGACGCUCAGCUGCGUGGCCGAAGCAUCCUCCGACCAAGAGCCCAAGACCUCUGUGUUUAUUUCACGACGGGACUACUGGGAGGCAUUAAAACAGCUGGGGUUCACCUCGUCUCUCAUAUGCAGUCUCCAAAACCAAGACGACGGUGCUGCAUCUGUCCUGCUAAGUGCCAUGGCUAGAAAAACGGACAUCCCCACCUCUUACUAUGGUGAACCUCGCAAGUUUGACCCAAACUUCAGAGGGCCUGUUCAGAACAGGAGCUGCACUGAUGUGGUUUGCUGUGUUAUCUUUGUCAUUGUCAUCCUUGGAUACAUCGCUCUGGGUACCGUGGCCUGGAUUCACGGUGACCCCAGGAAGGUCGUCUAUCCAACAGACAGCCGCGGUCAGUUCUGUGGGCAGCAGAACACCCCCAAUGUAAACAAAGCCAUAUUAUUCUACUUCAACAUGCUGAAAUGUGCCAAUCCUGCAGUUUUAAUUAACCUCCAGUGCCCUACAACCCAGCUCUGCGUCUCAAAGUGCCCUGACAGAUUUGCCACUCUCCUGGAUGCAAUGAAUACCAAAAACUGGGAAUAUUACAAGCAAUUCUGCAAGCCAGGCUUCGAGAUUGGCAGUAAGUCAGUCAGAGAAGUCAUACGAGAUGAAGACUGCCCGUCUAUGAUUGUGCCAAGCAGACCUUUCCUUCAGCGGUGCUUCCCUGAUUUCAUUAGAAGAAAUGGAAUUUUAACUGUAGCCAAUCAGACCAUCUUCAAAGACGGUGAAAAUAACAAGAGAAGUGUCGACGACCUCAAAGAUGCUGCCAAAGGUAUCGCCAGUCUGCUCAAUGCCAAAGAAGUCGGCAUGAAGAUCUUCGAAGAUUAUGCAAACUCCUGGAUCUGGAUCCUCAUAGGUCUGGUGAUAACCAUGGUGGUCAGUCUGCUCUUCAUCUUGCUGCUGCGCUACACUGCUGGUGUGCUACUGUGGCUCGUCAUCUUUGGUGUCAUCGUUGCAGUGGGAUACGGCAUUUGGCACUGUUACUGGGAAUACAGCAAUCUGAGCAGGAAGCCAGGCUCCAAUGUCACCAUCACUGACAUUGGCUUCCACACAGACUUCAGCAUUUAUCUUCAGCAAAGUCAGACGUGGCUCAUCUUCAUGAUCUUGCUCUCUGUGACUGAAGCCGUCAUUGUGAUCAUGCUGAUAUUUCUGAGGUCAAGGCUGCGCAUCGCUAUUGCAUUACUGAAGGAGGGAAGCAAGGCAAUCGGCUACAUCAUGUCCACCCUCUUCUACCCUGUCAUCACCUUUUUCCUUCUGGCCAUCUGCAUCGCUUAUUGGGCUGUCACAGCAGUCUUCUUAGCAUCAUCGGGUAACGCAGUCUACAAGGUCACACCUGCUGAUGAUAAAUGCAUGUAUGCAAACCUCACAUGCAAUCCACAGACCUUCAGUAAGACCAACAUUACCAAGGUGUGCCCCGGGUCACAGUGUAUGUUCGCCUUCUACGGUGGGGAGAGUCUGUACCAUCGCUACAUCUUAGUUUUCCAUCUGUGUAACCUCUUUGUGUUCCUCUGGCUGGUCAACUUUACCAUCGCCCUGGGCCAGUGCACCCUGGCUGGGGCCUUCGCUUCCUACUACUGGGCCCUGAAGAAGCCAAAAGACAUCCCUGCAUGCCCCCUCUACUCCUCCUUUAGCAGAGCUAUACGUUAUCACACAGGUUCUCUGGCCUUUGGGUCGCUAAUCCUUUCUGUGGUGCAGAUGAUCCGAAUUGUUCUCGAGUACCUGGAUCACAAACUGAAAGUUUCUCAAAAUGCCUGCGCUCGAUUCUUGCUCUGCUGCCUCAAAUGCUGCUUCUGGUGCCUGGAACAUUUUAUCAAGUUUCUAAACAGAAACGCAUUCAUUAUGAUGGCAAUAUAUGGGAAGAACUUCUGCACCUCCUCCAAGGAUGCUUUCUUCCUCUUAAUGAGGAAUGUUGUUCGGGUGGCCGUCCUGGACAAGGUGACCGACUUUCUGCUGUUCUUGGGAAAACUGCUUAUUUCAGGAAGUGUUGGUGUUCUUGCAUUUUUCUUCUUCUCGCGUAAAAUACCAGUUUUUCAAGAGGAGGUGCCAUCACUAAAUUACAUUUGGGUCCCCCUAUUGACGGUGAUAUUUGGAUCCUACAUGAUCGCACAUGGCUUUUUUAACGUCUAUGCUAUGUGUGUGGACACAUUGUUCCUGUGCUUUUGUGAAGACCUGGAGAGGAAUGAUGGUUCUUCCUCCAGGCCCUACUACAUGUCUCCUGGCCUGCACAAGAUCCUGCGCAAAGGAGAGGAGGGUGCCAAAACUUGCGCUGCUUCCUGAGUGAUGCAUUUUACUAAACUCUUGGCUCUCUGACUCACUUCUCCAUAUCUGCCGUGUGCGUGGGGGUCUGGACGCUUGAGAGCAAGUACUGUAGGGCUAAACAUUGAAACUGGAUGCACCCCACCCAGCCUGUCAGGGAUGACCUGUGCAUGAAAGGACAUGCUGUUACUUCGGGUCCUCGCAGAAAAGGCGUAGGGGACUAAGAUAACUGUUCACUUCCUCUCUCGAGCCAACUCAGAUACUUGCCUUUUUUUCUGCUACACUUUUGUGUUUCUUUCUCUUUGUCAUUUUCUCGUCUGUAUUCUCUGCUGACCUCUGCCUUACCGAGAGGGUACACGUCAACUCGCAGGAUGGAUGCACAGGCUGAAAACUAAAAACGAGACAAGCUUUUCUUUCUUUUUUUUAACCCAAACAAACACGAGGACCGUAAACAAUGUACAGAUGCCACUUUGACAUAAGGCAUCACCACGAAAAAAGUGGUGGACUUAUGGGGCACCCUCUUGUCGCACUUUGGUCUUCUAAUGUAAAAUCAUGUUUUGUAUGCACUUUCACAUACAGGAAACGAACCAUGUGAUUUCUUUCUUCUGUGUAGCAUGAUUACUUUGCUGGCUGUUGGUGUUUACCAUUGGUUUUAUAACCACUAUAUUUAUACUAACACAAGCACACAGAUCCAAAAAUGGUGUGAACUCUGCACUUAGCAAAACAGGUUUCUCUCAUGUUAAAUCAGCGUCACAUUAAAGUUUUCAUUAUGCUCAUAGAUGUACUGUAAACCAGACAGAGGCUUUGUUGGAGGUCAAGACUUCAAAAGACAUUUAAUGGUUUAUGCUUAAAGAAAAAAGAUGUGAACCGAACCUGAGCGUUUUCAGGAAACUUUUGAAUGCAGCCACUAGUUUAUGUGCCUAGAUGUGAAAAAAAAUGUAAAAAAAUGUUCCUUUUAUUCUGUUUUAGACCUAACACCAGGAACCUUUGCGAUACAGUUUAUAAAAGGAUGUCAAAGCCAUUUUUGGUAAAUUUUUUUAUUGGAUGGUUCAGAUGUUGUGCUGUUUUAAUACUAAGUAUAAUACACACAUCUGUCUGGAGGUUAUUCAGUGUUCUUUUUGUAUAGGAGAAUUUUUUUAUCAAUGAAUCCAAUGAAAAUGUGAAUCUUUGUUUUCGAAUAAACAUAAAUGGUUGAACUACUGA